AUGAGGACUCGCUGGGCGACCCUUCGCCGCGCGGCGGAGCUCCUCGUGCUACUCCUCAGGUGCUUCGGUCUGGCGGAGCCCUCUGGCCGCACAGGCAAUGAUCCAUUCACCAUCGUCAAUGAAAACAUGGGCAAGUGCAUCAAGCCACUGAAUGACUGGAUAGUAGCAACAGACUGUGAUGGAAGUAGGGACAUGUUAUGGAAGUGGGUGUCCCAGCAUCGACUCUUUCAUUUGCAAUCCCAGAAGUGCCUUGGGUUAGAUAUUACCAAACCCACAGAUUCCUUGAGAAUGUUCAACUGUGACUCCAGUGCCUUACUCUGGUGGAAAUGUGAGCACCACUCUCUGUAUGGAGCUGCCCAGUACAGACUGGCUCUGAAGAAUGGACAUGCUGUAGCAAGUACAAAUUCAUCUGAUGUCUGGAAGAAAGGAGGCACAGAGGAAAACCUCUGUGACCAGCCUUAUCAUGAGAUAUAUACCAGAGAUGGGAACUCCUAUGGAAGACCUUGUGAAUUUCCAUUCUUAGUUAAUGGGACCUGGCAUCAUGAGUGCAUUUUUGAUAAAAAUUAUGGUGGGCCAUGGUGUGCAACCACCUUAAAUUAUGAAUAUGAUCAAAAGUGGGGCAUCUGUUUAAAACCAGAAAAUGGCUGUGAAGAUAAUUGGGAAAAGAAUGAGCAGAUUGGAAGUUGCUACCAAUUUAUUACUCAGGCAGCUCUUUCUUGGAAGGAAGCUUAUGUUUCGUGUCAGAAUCAAGGAGCUGACUUACUGAGCAUCAGCAAUGCUGCUGAAUUAACUUAUCUUAAAGAAAAAGAAGGCAUUCCGAGAAUUUUCUGGAUUGGCUUAAAUCAGCUAUACUCUGGUAGAGGCUGGGAAUGGUCAGACCACAAGCCAUUAAACUUUCUCAACUGGGACCCAGAUAUGCCUAGUGCACCUAUGAUAAUAGGUGGAUCCAGCUGUGCAAGAAUGGAUGCCAUGUCUGGUCUAUGGCACAGUUUUUCCUGUGAAGCUCAAUUGCCCUAUGUCUGCAAGAAACCAUUAAAUAACACAGUGGAGUUAACAGAUAUUUGGACAUAUUUAGAUACACACUGUGAUGCAGGCUGGCUGUCAAAUAAUGGGUUUUGCUAUCUGCUGGUAAAUGAAAGUGAUUCCUGGGAUAAGGCACAUACGAAAUGCAAAGCCUUGAGCGGCGAUCUCAUCAGCAUUCAUUCUUUAGCAGAUGUGGAGGUGGUUGUCACAAAACUCCAUAAUGGGGAUGCCAAAGAAGAAAUAUGGAUAGGUCUUAAGAACAAAAAUGUACCAAGUUUAUUUCAGUGGUCUGAUGGUACUGAAGUUACUCUAACAUAUUGGAAUAAGAAUGAGCCAAAUGUUCCCUACAAUAAGACUCCCAACUGCGUUUCCUAUUUAGGAAAGUUAGGUCAGUGGAAAGUCCAGUCCUGUGAAGAGAAACUUAAAUAUGUAUGUAAGAAAAAGGGAGAACAAAUGAAUGAUACAACAUCUGACAAGAUGUGUCCUCCAGAUGAGGGCUGGAAAAGACAUGGAGAAAUCUGUUACAAGAUUUACAAGGAUGAAGUCCCCUUUGGAACCAACUGCAAUCUGACUAUAACUAGCAGAUUUGAGCAAGAAUACCUGAAUGAUAUGAUUAAAAAGUAUACUAAAUCUCCAGGAAAAUACUUCUGGACUGGCCUGAGAGACAUAGAUUCACAGGGAGAGUAUAGCUGGACAGGAGUUGGUGGAGUAAAGCAAGCUGUAACAUUUUCCAACUGGAAUUUUCUUGAGCCAGCUUCCCCGGGCGGGUGUGUGGCUAUGGCUACUGGAAAGUCUCUUGGAAAGUGGGAGGUGAAAGACUGCAGAAACUUCAGAGCACUCUCAGUUUGCAAGAAAAUAAGUGGGCCCAUUCAGCCUGAAGAAGUAGCUCCUAAGCCUGAAGACCCUUGUCCUGAAGGCUGGCAUAGUUUCCCCUCAAGUCUUUCUUGUUAUAAGCUGUUUCAUAUAGAAAGAAUUGUAAGAAAAAGGAACUGGGAAGAAGCUGAGAGAUUCUGCCAAGCUCUUGGAGGACACCUUCCUAGCUUCACUCAUAUGGAUGAAAUAAAGGAAUUUCUUCACUUUUUAAUGGACCAGUUCAGUGACCAGCGUUGGCUGUGGAUAGGUUUGAAUAAAAGGAGCCCAGAUUUACUAGGAUCCUGGGAGUGGAGUGAUCAUACACCAGUGUCUACUAUUCUCAUGGAAAAUGAGUUUCACCAGGAUUAUGAUAUCAGAGACUGUGCUGCUGUCAAGGUCAUUCAGAGGCCAGGGCGAAGAAGCUGGUAUUUCUAUGAUGACAGAGAAUUUAUUUACUUAAGACCUUUUGCUUGUGAUACAAAACUUGAAUGGGUAUGCCAGAUUCCAAAAGGCCAUACUCCAAAAACACCAGACUGGUACAAUCCAGAGCGUGCUGGAAUUCAUGGACCUCCGGUUGUAAUUGAAGGGAGUGAAUAUUGGUUUGUUGCCAAUCCUCACUUAAACUAUGAAGAAGCUGUCCUGUAUUGUGCUAGCAAUCACAGCUCUCUGGCUACGCUGACAUCUCUUGCAGGACUAAAAGCCGUCAAAAACAAAAUAGCAAAUAUAUCUGGUGAUGAACAGAAGUGGUGGGUGAGAACUGCUGAGCAGCCAGCCGAUCGUCAUCGUUCUAUAUACUCACGAUAUCCAUGGCCUCACUUUCCUAUAACAUUUCGGGAGGAAUGCCUGUGCAUGUCUGCCAAGACUUGGUUUAGUGACUUAAAUAAACCAGCAGACUGUAGUACCAAGUUGCCCUUCAUCUGUGAAAAAUAUAAUGUCUCUUCAUUAGAAAAAUAUAGUCCAGAUUCUGCAGCUAAAAUACAGUGCUCUGGGGAUUGGAUUACUUUUCAGAAUAAGUGUUUCCUAAAAAUCAAACCGAAGUCUCUCCCAUUUUCCCAAGCGAGUGAUACUUGUCGCACAUAUGGUGGCACCCUUCCUUCAGUGCUGAGCCAGAGAGAACAAGAUUUUAUUACAUCCUUGCUUCCGGAUAUGGAGGCUACUUUAUGGAUUGGUUUGCGCUGGACUGCCUAUGAAAGGGUAAACAAAUGGACGGAUAACAGACAGCUGACAUACAGUAACUUUCACCCGUUAUUAGUUGGUGGGAGACUGAAAAUACCAACACAUAUUUUUGAGGAAGAGUCCCAAUACCACUGUGCUUUAAUACUCAACCUCCAAAAGUCGCCUUAUACUGGGACAUGGAAUUUUACUUCCUGCAGUGAACGCCACACUCUGUCUCUCUGUCAGAAAUAUUCAGAAGUUGAAAGCAAACAGACCUUGCAGAAUACUUCAGACACAGUAAAGUAUCUAAAUAAUCUGUACAAAAUCAUCCUGAAGCCUAUGACUUGGUUUGAUGCUCUAAGGGAGUGUCAGAAAGAUAACAUGCAGCUGGUGAGCAUCACGGACCCAUACCAGCAGGCGUUCCUAACUGUGCAGGCGGUUCUUCACAACUCUUCUUUAUGGAUUGGACUCUCCAGUCAAGACGAUGAACUCAACUUUGGUUGGUCAGAUGGGAAACAUGUUCAAUUUAGUCGCUGGACUAAAAAUAAUGGGCAACUUGAAGACUGUGUAAUAUUAGACACUGAUGGAUUCUGGAAAACAUCUGAUUGUGAUCAUAUGCAGCCAGGUGCUAUUUGCUACUAUCCAGGAAAUGAUACUGAAAAAGAGGUCAAAGCACUUGACAAUGUUCAGUGUCCAUCUCCUGUUCUAUUUACUCCAUGGAUACCAUUUCAGAACUCUUGCUACAAUUUCAUAAUAGCAAAGACUGAAUAUACGGCAACACCACCAGAUGAAGUUCAUUCUAAAUGCCAGAAAAUGAAUCCAAAAUCACAUGUUCUGAGUAUUCGAGAUGAAAAAGAGAAUAACUUUGUUCUGGAGCAACUUCUGCACUUCAGUAGUAUGGCUUCAUGGGUCACGUUAGGUAUAACUUAUGAAAUUGACUACAAGGAAGAAUAUAAUGCUACUCUGCCACAGUUUAUCCCAUAUGAAGAUGGUAUUUAUAAUGUUAUACAAAAAAAGGUAACAUGGUAUGAAGCAUUAAACAUGUGUUCUCAAAGUGGAGGUUAUUUGACAAGUGUUCAUGACCAAAAUGGCCAGCUCUUUCUGGAAGACCUCGUAAAACGUGAUGGAUUUCCACUAUGGAUUGGGCUCUCAAGUCAUGAUGGAAGUGAAUCAAGUUUUGAAUGGUCUGAUGGCAGUACAUUUGACUACAUCCCAUGGAAAGAUAAACAGUCUGCUGGAAAUUGUGUUGUCUUGGAUCCAAAAGGAAUUUGGAGACAUGAAAAAUGCAAGUCUGUUAGUGAUGGUGCUAUUUGUUAUAAACCUACAAAAUCUAAAGAGGUGUCCUCUCAUACAUACUCAUCAAGAUGUCCAGCAGUAAAAGAGAAUGCGUCACAAUGGAUCCAGUACAAGGAGCACUGUUACACAUCUGACCAGGCAUUGCACAAUUUCUCAGAAGCCAAACAGUUCUGUUCAAAACUUGAUCAGUCUGCAACUAUUGUUACCAUAGAGGAUGAAGAUGAAAAUAAGUUCGUGAGCAGACUGAUGAGGGAAAAUAAUAAUAUUACCAUGAGAGUUUGGCUUGGAUUAUCUCAAUAUUCUGCUGAUCAGUCUUGGAAUUGGUUAGAUGGAUCAAAAGUGACAUUUGUCAAAUGGGCAAAUAAAAGUAAGAGUGGUGGUGGAAAAUGUAGCAUUUUGUUAGCUUCAAAUGAAACUUGGAUAAAAGUUGAAUGUUCACAAGGCUAUGGAAGAGUUGUCUGCAAAGUUCCUCUGGACUGUCCUUCAUCUGCCUGGGUUCAGUUUCAAGACAGUUGUUACAUUUUUCUUAAAGAAGCCAUCAAAGUAGAAAGCAUAGAGGACGUCAGGAAUCAGUGUACUGACCAUGGAGCAGACAUGGUAAGCAUACAUAAUGAAGAAGAAAAUGCUUUUAUACUGGAUACUUUGAAAAAGCGAUGGAAAGGCUCAGAUGAUAUCCUACUAGGCAUGUUUUUUGACACAGAUGAUGCACGUUUCAAGUGGCUUGAUAAGUCAAAUAUGACAUUUGAUAAGUGGACAGACCAAGAAGAUGGUGAGGAUCUAGUUGACACCUGUGCCUUUUUGCACACCAAGACAGGUGAAUGGAAAAAAGGAAAUUGUGAAAUUUCUUCUAUGGAAGGAACCCUUUGUAAAGCAGCUAUCCCAUAUGAAAAGAAAUAUUUAUCAGAUAACCACAUUUUAAUAUCAGCUUUGGUGAUUGCUAGCACAGUAAUUUUGACAGUUUUGGGAGCAAUCGUUUGGUUCCUGUACAAAAGAAACUCGGAUUCUGGUUUCACCACAGUUUUUUCAACUGCACCCCAAUCACCUUAUAACGACGACUGUGUUUUGGUAGUUGCAGAAGAAAACGAGUAUGCUGUUCAAUUUGACUAAGAUUUUGGAAAUCUCAGAUUAAGGCGUCAAAUACUUUGACGGUGAUUCCUGUGCAGGAUUUUAAUGUAAAACUUGGCAAUGAAAAUUAGUUUUUAUGGUUUAUUUCCUUAUUCCAGUAACAUUCAUUAUUCUCAUGUAAUCACUGUGACAAAAAUUGAUCUUUAGGUUCUUAUAAGAACUU